GCGGCGGCGGCGGCGGCGGCGGCGGCUCCGUAUCGCCGGGGCGAAGCGCUCAGGCCCGUCCCGGCGCGGGGGUCGCCAUGUGGUUCCUGUACGCGCUGAGCUGGCUCUCGCUCUUCGUGCAAGUGGCCUUCAUCACGCUGGCCGUCGCUGCUGCCCUCUAUUACUUAGCAGAACUGAUAGAAGAAUACACGGUAGUCACCAGCAGGAUCAUCAAAUACAUGAUCUGGUUCUCCACAGCUGUGCUGACUGGCCUCUACAUUUUCGAGCGCUUCCCUACCUUCAUGAUUGGUGUGGGCCUCUUCACCAAUCUCGUCUACUUUGGCCUUCUUCAGACCUUCCCGUUCAUCAUGCUGACUUCGCCUAAUUUCAUCCUGUCGUGCGGGCUAGUGGUGGUGAACCAUUACCUGGCAUUGCAGUAUUUUGCAGAGGAAUAUUACCCUUUUUCAGAGGUCCUGGCCUAUUUCAUAUUUUGUUUGUGGAUAAUCCCAUUUGCGUUCUUCGUGUCCUUGUCGGCGGGGGAGAAUAUUCUGCCAUCCACCAUGCAGCCCGGAGACGAUGUGGUCUCCAAUUACUUCACCAAAGGCAAGCGGGGCAAGCGCCUAGGAAUCUUGGUUGUCUUCUCCUUCAUCAAAGAGGCCAUCCUGCCCAGCCGUCAGAAGAUGUACUGACUCCCCUGGCCAGGGGAUGUGGCGUGAGAUCUGGAGGGCCAGAUGGGGCCCCGAGGCUGGAAUGCCCCGGCCCUAGCCCUUUCCUGGACUCUUUCUGCAGCCCCGUCCCCACCUUCCUCAGGGCGAGCUGAUCUGGACUUGGAUCUGAUGCCACUUUAGGCCAUGACCUCAAAGGACACUGGGGAACAGGGGCAGAGUUUGCUUUGUCAGGAAAUCCUGGACCCCCUGGCUGUACAGUGGCUAAGCUCAGUCUGCCCAUCGUGCCCUUGUCCCUGUGGGCCAGGGGUUUGGGCUUAGCCAGAACUGACUGGGCACGGGCCGUGGGGCUCAAGAGCAAACAGCGAUAGAUCUCUGGGAAGAUGGCUGUGGAAGGGCCGCCGUGGCCUGCCACUCUGAAGAGAAGCUUUUGAAGUUGAACUGUGAUAUCUGGCCAAGUGCUGAUGCCCAUUUGAAUAAAGAUUCUAGAUGACA